AUGGGCACGUCAAAAGAAGGGAUGCUGGUCCAUCCGACGCCUUUUGAGGAGCAGUCUGUUCUUGACUCCGCCAAACAUUUGCUUGUUCAGGCGGUUAAUCAAUCAGAAGGGCGACCAGAGACGGAAGAAGUCUGCUGGGUACGCUUUUGCCAGUGCGAUCUCAACGAUGUUGUUCGCAAUCCAAUUUACAAUUCAAAAACUCACUCGUCAGAAAACUCAUCUGGUGCCGGUCUCGUUCUUCUUCUUGGAUACGCGCAUGGAAUCGCAGUUUGGCAUCUGAUGGCAAACACGGAAGCGAGAGAACUGUAUUCGUCGAGAAGCGUCGGAACUUGCAGAACAGCCGUGAUUUUACCUACGCCAAGCGAUCAUCGGAAGAUCAACAGGCCUUACUUGGCGAUCGUAGUCGGAUCAGAAGUCAAGCUCAUCUCGCUAGCGAUGUCCAAAGAGAUUCAUUCGAUAAAAGCCGACGGAGAAGUUGAAAAAAUCGACGCGACGGACAAAUACAUCGUCAUUUCAAGCCCAUCGACGAUCUCCCUCUACUCGGCGGAUAAGAUCGAAUGCUUGUAUACGAUCAAGGAUUGUUUGGUCCCCGGAAGAGAUUGUAAUCCCUUUGCCCUUGGAAAGAGAUGGCUCGCCUACUCCCCAGAAAAACUAGACAUGGGACAGCAAAGCCUUGGUGGCUAUUUUUCAACUGGGAGUCAAUCUUACACUGCUACGAUGCUCUCUGCCGCGAAAACUCUUGGAAAGGGGCUUUCGCUGUUGGGAGAAACAGUUGGAAGAAUGGCCGGCUCGCAGCCGAGAAACUAUCGCAACGCAAGAGACGACGAGCAAAAACUCAAGAAUCAUCGAGGAAUCGUUUCUGUGGUCGACUUGGAGCUUCUCGCAGACAAUAUUAAUCAGCCGAUUCAUAAUAGCAUCGUCUCCCACUGGGUAGCUCAUCCAAAGCCCGUUGCAGCGGCGAGCUUCAGCCCUUCGGGAAACAUUCUCGUCACUGCAGAUGUAGCUGGUCGACAAUUCCAUGUUUUCUCGAUCCAUGUGCAUCCCCAGUCCUCGGCCGACUCCGCAGUUCACCAUUUAUACACGCUUCAGCGUGGUGAAACGACCGCGCAAGUAUUUGACUUUUCAUUUUCGAACGAUUGUCGCUGGAUUUCGGCGGUUACCAGAAGAGGAACUGCUCAUAUCUUCCCUAUCAACGCUUACGGCGGCGAGCCUACAGUAAGAACGCACUGUGUAACUCGUGUUUCCAACCAAAAGUCUCUCUUCCACAUCUCCGCUGGGAUCAACUAUUCCGACCCGAAGUCAAAGGAUAAAAACGGCCAAAAACCCAAUCCAUCAGUGCCUCCAAUCAAGUCUUCCUCACCUAAACUACCGCCUUUUCCCACUCCUACAGUCAUUCUUCCAGUCGUCCAGAUCAAGCAGGGGCUAGUCAUGGGACUAAUUCCUGCUGCAUCGAGCUACGAAAGUGAUCAAAGUGAAGCUGCAGAACAAAUGUCUACUAUCUUCGCCUUCAACAAAACUUGCGUUUCAUUUUCUCGGGAAAUUCUCCAACAUACCUCCAGGGGGCCGCAUCCGGAAGGACUUUAUGUCAUCAACGGACAGGGCGUUCUUUCUGAAUUCACUCUCCAAGUACAAGGUGUAAAAAUCAACGGGCGACUAAACGAUCAAUCGUCCAUCGAGGUCGCGGCAAAACCAUCGCGCCAGUGGAAUCUUCAGCGCCAGCGCAGCUGGACCGAAUCGUCAACUCCUCUUCCUCCAAACUCGCCACUGAUCUUGGCUUCAGAAGUUAUUGGAACUUCAUCCGGUCAUUUGCUCAGAGCAGAGUUGGAAACAAAGCGAUCGAGAACGACUUCUAUGUCGAGUAAACGAGCUAGAGAUGAGCGAUCCGACCGUUUGUUCGAUAGUCUACCGAGAUCUCGCCAAUCAAGCACUGAUAGCGAUUCUGAUACGAAAAACGAGUGGCUUGGACAGAUCGAAAUGAACACACAUGAUUCGCCUGCCCGUCGACUUUGGAUGGGCCCACAGUUCAGAUUCGUCCAAAACACCACCGGAAAUCAUGAUUCUCCCUUCGAGCGAAGACUGUCUCCCGAAAGUGCCUUAUUGAACAGCCAAGAAGACAUACAAAUUCAACUUGAACAAAGCAAACCUAAAGCGAUGCCGAAUAGAAUUCCUGCACAUAUUUCAGAUCAAUUCACAGUACCAGGAAAUUCUUGCCCUACAAUUGAAAUUGGAUCUGGCCAUUUCGACGCGUUUCAGGGACCAGGAUCCGGCGAAGAUCGAGUGAAGCAGACCCUGGCAGAGGCAAUGCUAGACGAGCAAAAAGAGACUACCCGUAGAAUUUCGGAUUCAAAAUGGCCCUCCCCCUACUCCGACGACGAGACAGACCUAAUCAUGGCCGUGGGCGAGUUCGAGCUCUCAACCAGUUCCCCUCCUUCUUCAGUCAACUCGCUUCAAAUGAACACUACAUGA